AUGCGCCUGACCGAUCCCAUCCGCCUCUCACUCGAAGACGCAGAUGCUGUCGCUCCAGAUAUCGCAAGCAUCAGACACUCGUCGCUGACAAGCACCCCGCUGGGCCAGCUGAGAUACGGCGCCGUGCCGCACGCCGAGGCCCGCGAAUGGCUGGAGUCGUGCAGCAGGCUCGAGCUCCAGAGCGAGCUGAGAUAUCCCCGGAUCGCCAGCUUCGAGCGUGACGGGUCGGGACAGCAUGUGACGCGCAUGGAACACCUCGUCGUCCGCGACCUGGAUCUCGCGCCAUUCAAAGCGUGCAAUGCCCUGACUAUACAAGGGGACGCCGUGCGCCCUGGACGGGUCGUCGCCUAUGCAGAGUUCCAAUACCACCCACCCCAGCAAGAGCCGGCCGCGGGCUCAGUGAUCUCGGGAUCACAACGCAUCCACGCCUCAGAAGAAGGAUUCUCGAGUGAGGAGCCCGCGACGGUGCUCGAUCUUCCCGUAUCUGUCCACCGCGACCUGCACGAACACUGGGACCGGACCGUCGAAGCCGCCCUCUCCGCGCGGUUCGGGCACAUGCACUGCUUCGAGGUGCGCGGCAUCGGCACGCUCGCGCCCUCGCACCUGCGCAAGGGCAUCGCCAGCAGCCUGCUGGCGUGGAUUUUCCCGUGGGCGGACGCGCUGGGCGUCCCCGUCGUCCUGGCGGCCACGCCGGCGGGCCACCCGUUCUACCUCCGGCACGGCUUCGUGGAAGUCGAUGACGACGACGACGACGACGAAGACGGAAAAGCUCAGCGGCGCUUCAUCGAGUGCGACAUGGCUGACUGGGGAGGGACCGGCGUCCAUCGACACGUCCUGAUGAUACGAUGGCCGAAGCACGCGGAAAGGAAUACCGCGUGAACCAUGUCCCUCCAAUAAAGGGUGAAGGAAUCCGAGUUCGUCAACGCGUUACGCAUACCGAAUGCACUCAUGCUGGCCGCCGUCACAUUUGACGUUUGGUAGUGGCCGCGGGGAGCAUCUGGUUAUAAAGAUCGCAUCGCAGUAUAUUGAUGGCCAGUAUGAGAACCAUGUGUCCUCAAUGCCUAUUUUCCACCAAUCCUCAAAGGUGACAAGACAACACUUUUUUGUUCAACGCUAUGAGAGAGUCGUCAUUAUCCAUCACAUUUACAUUCCACCACAUCAAUAGAGACAAGGGAAACCCAUAAGAGUCGCCAUACCCAAGAACCCAGAAAUAGGUAGUGUUACAGAUUCCGCCACAUAGUUCAUACCUCCUGGCCAUCACAGAUGGCUACUUAGUCUGCCCACCGACUAUUUCUUCUUCUUUCC